GGUUAUGUGUCGUCAAAUCAUCAACGAAUGGUUUUUCUCUGUUUUCUCGGCUUUCGAUGAAUCGUGUUUCGUGAUUUAGUGUGUAAUUUUCUAAUAGAUUUUGAAAUUAUAAUUUUUACGACUUAUAAUGGCUGAUCAGACUGAAAAAGCUUUUCAAAAGCAACCCACUGUUUUCUUGAACCGUAAGGAAUCCAAGAAGAAGAAGCCCUUGCGUCAUUAUCGUAACAUCGGUCUUGGUUUCAAAACUCCAAGAGAGGCCAUUGAUGGAACUUACAUAGACAAGAAGUGUCCUUUCACUGGUAAUGUUUCUAUCAGAGGACGUAUUUUAACAGGAAUGGUACGUAAAAUGAAGAUGCAAAGGACCAUUGUCAUCAGAAGGGAUUAUUUGCACUACAUCAGUAAAUACAAUCGUUUUGAGAAACGCCACAAGAACAUGUCUGUUCACUUGUCUCCAUGUUUCCGUGAUGUGGAAAUUGGAGAUAUUGUCACAAUUGGUGAAUGCCGACCACUUAGCAAGACAGUAAGAUUUAAUGUAUUGAAAGUGUCCAAGGGUGCAGGCGCUAAGAAAGGUUUUAAAAAAUUCUAGAUUUAAAUGUAAUAUUUUUGACUAUUAUUAAUUACAAUAAAAAUCUGGAAAACCCAAA